GUGGGAGGAGCUUCUGCCUGCGGUAACCAAACACUCGGGCUUCAGACAUCUUUUCUCUGUCCCCCCUUCCCCUUCACUCAAAUGCAGUUCGGCUGCUCUGCAACGGAUUAAGUUACGGUCGGGAGACUCCGUGACCCAGGGGAAAGCGGAGCGGGAUGAGAGGCUGCGGGCAAGCCGGAGGGGCCGGCCAGAACCGAGGCAUUGAAUCGCAUCCCACCCGGAUCCACACACAGUAGGGCAGAUAGACAGAUAGAUGCGCGUUGUUUCUGCUGAGCUUGGACUCGGAAGGUUUAUUUUGCGAAAAGAUCUCCCGAGCCUGAUAAAUGAUAUGAAUUCAGGCACGGAGGAGCAUUGAAGUGUGUGUUUACAGAUUCCUGCCGCACUCGACCAGGCGGGCAACGGAGGGGACGGCGAAGGAGGAGGUGUGUUUUUUCCCCCAAUCAAUAUCAAAGCGUGAAACCGACACGGAGUGUGGUUUGGAGGCAGUCCUGAUCUCUCACUCACACACACACACACACACACACACACACAACGCUCCGGCUUCCCAACCUGAAGCUGAACUGAAGCGGAGUUAGACUUGCUCACGAACUGACCAGAAUGUCAUCUCAAGGAAGAUUCAAAAAGGACAAAGAGAUCACCACAGAAUACGAGACCCAAGUCAAAGAAAUCCGAGCACAGUUGACGGAGCAGCUGAAAUGCCUGGAGCAACAAUCGGAAUCCCGCCUCCAGCUCCUGCAGGACCUACAGGAAUUCUUCCGGAGGAAGGCGGAGAUCGAGGUGGAGUAUUCCCGGAGCCUGGACAAGCUGGCGGAGAGGUUUGCGGCCAAGAUCCGCAGCUCCAAGGAGCACCAACAGUUCAGGAAAGACCAACAUCUGCUGUCACCUGUGAACUGCUGGUACUUGGUGCUCAAUCAGACACGGCGGGAGAGCAAGGACCAUGCCACCCUCAACGACAUCUACACCAACAACAUAAUCGUCCGCCUAACGCAGAUCAGUGAGGACGUCAUACGGCUCUUUAAAAAGAGCAAGGAGAUCGGCCAGCAGAUGCACGAGGAGCUGCUAAAAGUCACCAGCGAGCUGUACACCGUGAUGAAAACCUACCACAUGUACCACGCAGAAAGCAUCAGCGCGGAGAGCAAGUUGAAGGAUGCCGAGAAGCAGGAAGAGAAGCAGUUCAGCAAAUCGGGGGACAUCAGCGUGAACCUCCUUCGGCACGAGGACAGGCCGCCGCGCCGCAGCUCCGUGCGCAAAAUCGAGAAAAUGAAGGAGAAGCGUCAAGCCAAGUAUUCUGAGAACAAACUGAAGUGCACCAAAGCAAGGAAUGACUACCUGCUUAACCUGGCAGCAACCAACGCUGCAGUGGCCAAAUACUACAUCCACGAUGUCUCUGACCUGAUUGACUGCUCUGACCUGGGAUUCCACAACAGCCUGGCCCGCACCUUCAGGACUUUCCUCUCAGCAGAAUAUAACCUGGAGACAUCGCGGCAUGAAGGACUGGACAUCAUCGAGAACGCCGUGGACAACCUGGAUGCUCGAAGUGACAAGCACAAGGUCAUGGACAUGUACAACCAAAUCUUCUGUCCACCCACCAAAUUUGAAUUCCAGCCGCACAUGGGGGAUGAGGUGUGUCAGGUGAGCGCUCAGCAGCCAGUGCAGACUGAGCUGCUUAUGAGGUAUCAUCAGCUGCAGUCCCGCCUGUCCACUCUGAGGAUAGAGAAUGAAGAGGUCAGGAAGACACUGGACGCCACCAUGCAAACACUGCAGGACAUGCUGACCGUGGAGGACUUUGACGUGUCCGAUGCAUUCCACCACAGCCGAUCCACAGAGUCGGUCAAAUCCGUCGCUUCCGAGACCUACAUGAGCAAAUUCAACAUCGCAAAGCGGAGAGCCAAUCAGCAGGAGACCGAGGUGUUCUAUCUCACCAAAUUUAAGAAAUAUUUGAACGGGAGCAACUUGAUCACAAAACUUCAGGCCAAGCACGACCUUCUAAAGCAAACUCUUGGUGAAGGUGAGAAGGCCGAAUGUGGUACUUCAAGGCCCCCAUCGCUUCCCCCUAAGCCACAGAAAAUGAGGAAGCCUAGGCCUCGCUCACAGUAUAAUCAUAAGUUGUUUAAUGGCGAUAUGGAGACGUUCAUACAGGACUCUGGACAACCCAUCCCACUUGUGGUGGAGAGCUGUAUUCGAUUCAUCAACCUUUAUGGUUUACAACAACAAGGCAUUUUCCGAGUUCCAGGUUCUCAGAGUGAAGUCAAUGACAUCAAGAAUGCUUUUGAGAGAGGAGAAGAUCCUCUUGUGGAAAACCACAAUGAACAUGAUAUCAACUCGGUGGCCGGGGUCCUGAAGCUGUAUUUCCGAGGCCUGGAAAAUCCAAUCUUCCCCAAGGAGAGAUUCCUGGAUUUGAUUUGUUCCAUCAAGAUUGAGAGCGUGGUUGAGCGGGUCCACCACAUCCAACAGAUCAUCGUGACACUCUCACGGACUGUCAUCAUCGUGAUGAGAUACCUCUUUGCCUUCCUCAACCAUCUCUCCCAGUACAGCGACGAAAACAUGAUGGACCCCUACAACCUUGCCAUCUGCUUUGGGCCAACCUUAAUGCCCAUCCCUGACAGCCAGGACCCUGUAUCCUGCCAAGCCCACGUCAACGAGGUGAUCAAAAGCAUCAUAAUGAACCAGGAGGGCAUCUUCCCCAGCCACAAGGAGUUGGACGGGCCAGUGUACGAGAAGUGCAUGACCGGAGGCGAGGAAUACUGUGACAGUCCCCACAGUGAGCCGGGGGCCAUUGACGAAGUGGACCACGACAACAGCACCGAGCCCCACACCAGCGAUGACGAGAUAGAGCAGAUUGAAGCUAUCGCCAAGUUCGAUUACGUUGGCCGGACACCACGGGAGCUGUCGUUCAAGAAAGGAGCCUCUCUGCUGCUGUACCACCGAGCCUCGGAGGACUGGUGGGAGGGGAGGCACAACGGGCUGGACGGUCUGAUUCCACAUCAGUACAUUGUGGUGCAGGACAUGGACGAUGCUUUCUCAGACAGCCUCAGCCAGAAAGCGGACAGUGAGGCCAGCAGUGGGCCGCUCCUGGAUGAUAAGGCCUCGUCGAAGAACGAUCUCCAGUCCCCAUCAGACAACUUGCCAGAGUUUUCCUUCGGAGGCGUCCUGGGCAGGGUGCGACUAAGGUCGGACGGUGCCGCCAUCCAGCGCCGUCGGAGCGGCGGCGAUGCACACAGCCCAGUCAGGGGGUCUGGACCGGCCAUUGACACCCCACCACGGGCUGCCGCCUGCCCUAGCAGCCCCCACAAGAUCUCCGUCAACCGGAGCCGGAUGGAGAGCCCAGAGAAGAGGCGGCUGGCCGCCUUCGGCAGCGCCGGAAGCAUCAACUAUCCCGAUCGGAAGAAUCUGGGAGAGGGUCUUCCUAUGCGGCAGACCUCUCUCUCCACCCGCCACAGCAGCCUCGGCGAUCACAAGGCCCUGGAGGCGGAGGCACUGGCCGAGGACAUAGAGAAGACCAUGAGCACGGCGCUGAACGAGUUGCGUGAGCUGGAGCGCCAGAACACGGCCAAGCAGGCGCCAGACGUGGUGCUGGACACCCUGGAGCAGAUGAAGAGCCCGCAGACUGGAGCUGCCAAUUCUGAGCCGGCCAGCCCGCUGCACACCAUUGUCAUCCGCGACCCCGACGCUGCCAUGCGGCGCAGCUCCAGCUCCUCCAGCGAGAUGAUGACCACCUUCAAGCCGGCCCUGUCAGCACGGCUGGCCGGCUCCCAACUCAGGCCCCCGCCCGUGAGACCGGUUCGGCCAGUCAUCCAGCACCGCUCCAGCAGCAGCGGCAGCAGCUCGGGGGUGGGCAGCCCAGCCGUCACCCCCACCGAGAAGGUCUUCCCCAACAGCGGCACUGACAAAUCCGGCACCAUGUGACCCCGACCGCCUCCGGAGCUCCGCUCCGAGGGCACAGCUCGGGCCUACUUCCGGUGAGAGCACCGGACGCCGGGCUCAUUCCCAGCCUGAAGCACCACCUGACCAAUGGAAGGAAGCCUUCCCGCAUCGUACUUCCGUUCCAAUCCUUUUAAUCAACUAGACGGGGAUGGAUGUGCAGUCACAAUCGCACCCGGUGAAACGGACCUCUCUGGGAACCACUGGCAAUUCACAGAGCAGGUCCCCUGAGAGAACGGCCCUCUCCCUGCACGUACUGAGCAUGCUCUGGAGAGCUGGCAACCCAAGCAAUACAAGGAGGAACAAGGACCACGUGCUGUGGGAAGUGAACGACGGAAUGAGAGGGGAGUGAAGCAACAAAGCACGCAUCAUCUCAGCACUGACUGAGAACCUGUGGGAGUUCGUCCUUCAGUUUCUUCCCCCCCCCCCCCCCCCCCCCCCCCCCCCCCAAGCUGCCCUCCCUUACCCACACCCAACUGUUGAGGUUACACCACAAAUCAACUCUCUGGCACCCAGUAUCGACGCUAUAAAUAGAUGACAAUGGCAAGCGCUUUGCUCCACCUGCUUGUAGUGGGCAAGGUGGGGAUGGGAGGGGGGUGUGGGCGAUGACAUAUAAAUAUUGUAGCACAGUAUUACAAGUUUAAUUAAUUAAUAUCGCAAUUGUACUUAAUGCGGCAUAACGUAACAAUAAUAUGGAAUUUAGGCAAAGAGUGUGUGUUUAAAAUAUGUAGAUUAACUUAUCCUACUUUUUGUGAAACAUUUAAUCAAUGUAGUAUUCCUUUUGUAAGAAAAUGUUCUCAAUGUACAUAGUGUCACUGAAACAGGCAAAGGCACUGCGUGAUAAUUAAUGUGAUAAUUCAACAUCUCCUUUGA